CGACGAUCAACUCGGCCGAGCUUCUUCCUCUGACUGGAACCCACGGGUCUUUUGUAGUAGCAUCGAGUGCAUCUGCAUAUAUCCAGCAAUUAUCUGCAAACAUUGCAACCAACACUACGGCGCAUACGAAGACACGCACUGCAAUGUUCCGCAAGCCAGGCACCGGCCGCUCCAAGGCAUCGGCAGACACGCUGUGCCAAAAGUGCCUAAAGCGAGGCCACUACAGCUACGAAUGCAAAGCAACAACGCAAGAACGGCCCUACGUGUCGCGCCCGUCCCGAACACAGCAGCUCCUGAACCCCAAGCUGAAGCCCAAGCUCACCACCGAAGUCCCCAACGAGCUGUUGCGCAAAAAAGGCGUCGCCGACGACAUCCUCAAGCAGAAAGAAGACGCCCGCGGCCGCGACCGCAAGUCCCGCAAACGCUCCCGCUCCCGCUCCUCCUCAGCAGACUCCAUCUCCACAAUCUCCACCAACCGCUCGCCCUCGCGCUCCCCGGCGCCCCGCCGCCGCAAACACCAUGUCCCGCCUAAACGCACCCAGCGCCCGGCAUCCGUCGACUCGCGCGACCAAGACCGCAACACCCGACGCCGCAUGAGCUCCUUCAGCCCAGACGAGCGCGGGCGGCGAAGGACACGGUCACGGUCACGAUCGCGAUCUAGUCGCGUGCACAACAAGGCGCGCAGUGCGAGCAGCGGCGCAGACGAGUCGCGCAGCAGGAGCAGGAAGGCGCCUGGCAAGCGGCCCGUCCGCGUGUCGACGUCGCGCUCGAGAAGCCCGGAGCACAUGGACACGUCGGAUGGUCGUAAUGGCGCGGUGAGAGGCAGAUGGGGCGCGAGUCCCCCGCCGAAGAAGUCUCCUCAGCCGGUCAGAGGUGGGAGGAGCCCAAGUCCGUACUCUAGACGCAGGGCGCCUAGCCCACAGCGUGGGAGGAUGGGCGGUGAUCACAGGGGUGGACGGAAUCGCUUCGACGACGGGCCUGGGGAGCGCGUGGGCAGGAAUGCACCGCCGCCUGCGCAACCGCCGCCUGUGCAGAGGGAGCGCAGUCUGAGCCCGUUUAGCAAGCGCGUGGCUCUGACCAAGGCGAUGAACACGGGGCAGAUGUAGGCAUAUUCAUUAGGAUGGAGCGAGCGAAACGAGGGUUUACUGCAGCUACUAAGACGUCGUCGUGUACGUCUGCUGUUCAGUUUUUGUACUAUUAAUCUUGAAAUCUCCGUGAGAAAUCGCGUGUUUGCUCCUGUUGCGCUCUGUUCCCAUGCGCGUGACAUGUCCCUCUCUCCUUGCAAAUGCAGCGAACAAUUUGCGCUCAACCAUACCCCCACACAGGGAGCUGCGCAAGGGACGGAUAAUCUGCGUGUCCAGCAUUUCAAUUCAGUUCAGCCCAAUUCAACUCCACCCACUCAACUCGCCUCCUCAUCCUCCACCUCCCUCCUCCGCUCCCUCUCCUCCUCCUCCUCCUUAAAAUGCAUAGCCUCCAC